ACCUUCCUCGACUACCUGGAGUGAGUAGAAACUAAAUGGCGAACUCUCUCUGGGACCAAAACCAGUCUGGAAAAUGCUGCUUGAACGAUAGAAGUUCUAUUAAAGAGAUGUUAAGGAACUAAAUCAGCAAAGCAGAGACAGACUGCCAUAGUAUUACUGUGAGCUUAGUGGAUAGAAACCAUCAUCCAAAUAGGGUUCUUACCAAAUAAUGGGAAAAGAAAAGAAUUUGGUGUCACGGAAAACCCGAUAUGAGGUGUUAGAAUAAAACUGGUUAAAUAAAGCUGUCUCUGGUGAACAUCUCUCAGUAAAAGACGCUUCUUUCACUUAGAAUCAGUGAUAAAAGACUUAAACUUCCUACACUGUCCAGGCUCAUUACACAACACUUAGUUCACUUUGUUUGCUGCCAGAGUGGGGCUUAUUUUAAUUGCAUAUUCUCUGUGGGAUUCACAAUUAAGCUGAAUCAGGUUGCAGGCUUAGUUAGAAGGAACCUUGGGUAACCAGACGUCAGUGAAAGCAAAAAGAGACAUGCUGGAACUUGAAUUGGUCCAACAGGAGGGUCCUGUCCCGUUACUCCUCUUCCUGUUUGUUCUCCACAGAUAAUCUGUUUUCACCUUUUUGGGAUGCUAGGACCAAAAGUUGGUACAGGAAAAAAAAAUCAUGUCCAGGGAAUUGAGACCAAACCAAAUGUAGUGACCAACAGGAAGUGUGUACCAGUCGGCGUCACUGCCCACACUAAACAACAGAAAUGUCAUUUUAAAACAUGACGACAAUUGUUUGGAUCUAUACGCUGUUCAUGCAAAUGGCUAAUGAGGAUGACACGGUGUCAAAGAUAUCAUUAAAUGACACCAGAGCACCAGCGGACAUACAAAAUGACAAACGCAAAGUAAAGGACACAUGUCAAGCUCCGUAAAUGAGUUCUGAGCCCGGAUGGGCGGAAAAACAUGCCACUAAUUUAAGUCAGUCACUCUGCCGGUCUCAAGAUGGAGCUUUGAAAAGCUCAGAGGUAAAACUUUAAUGACUCCCAGCCUUCGGCGCUUCCAGCAAUCUCUUGUUUUCCCAUCUCUAUAAUGAGCGCAGGGUAUCACCAAUCUACAUGCUUGUCAUCUCAGGGAACUCAGUAACAAGGUUGGGUGGUCAGGGAUGCGUCAAAGCGGGGACAGACAAAAGUCUUGUCUUCGCUCUGGCAAGUCGUUUUUCCGCUCCAUUCAGAUGCAGAAGCGACGUUUUUGGUUGGAUUUGGCUAAAGUUGACGAAUGGAAGGGAUUUAUGUCAACCUCCUGGGCUUGAGAAUCGCUGUGUCUUUCACGGGACUUGUGGGUAAUGUAUGCUUAAUCCUCUCCAUCAUCCAUGUCAAGUGGUCCCACAUCAAAUCCUUUGAGGUUUUUCUUCUGGGACUGGCUGCUGCCAACUUGGAGGAGAUAGUCAUCUUAAACGUCUACGAUGCUUUCAUGCUUCAGACUUCCUCCUCCGACACUUGGUGGUGCCGCUUUUUGAAGUUCAUGACCAUGUUUGGAGAAACCGCCAGCAUCUUCUUCACCGUCAUCAUCAGCAUCUUCCGAUACCAGAAGCUGGGAGUCAGCCUCUCGGUUCACCCAGACCGCAUCGGAGUAGCCCAGCUGCUGAGUGGAGUGUGCGUCAUGUUCUCUUUUCUGCUCAGUUUCCCCGUCGUUGCUAUCAAACCCGCGGCACUCACAGAAAGCGCCGCAAACAACAGUGGCGGCGGCUGUCCUGCAGACUCCUUUCACUGCGGCAAGAAUUAUUGUCCUGCACCCAACCGUGCUUACAAAUACCUCUUCAUCCUGGUCUCCUACCUACUGCCCCUCAUCGUCAUCACAGUCACCAACUGCCUCAUCCUCGCGGUGCUGCUGGUCCAGAGGAGAACCAUCACGCCGGAGAUCAGUGUGCACCAGUCCAACCACAGUCACACAAAUGGCAGAGAUCUGAGGUUCCAGCACAGCAUGAUGGCCGUGGUGGCGGCCAUGGGGCUGUUCCUGGUGAACUGGACCUUCUACCUGCUCUUCCUGUUCCUCCUCAAACCCAACAACCUUCCUUCCUGGCGUGAAAUAGAGUUUUUCACGCUAACUUCGUACUCAUGCUUUAGUCCAUACGUAUACGGGAUAGGACAUAACUUGUUCUCUCUGGAGAACUUUAAAAUAAUUAGAAAUAAAUUUUAAAACCAUCAUUAGAAAACUGAUUUAAAGCAGCAGUAAAGAAUUUCAAGUUAAAAGAAUGAUGUUUGUAAAAAAGAAAAUUAAAGAUUUUUGAGAUCUUUUAACUCCUUGAUGCCUGAAUUUAUUUCCAGCUAGGAAAACAAUGUAACUUAUGUUUGUGGUUUCUAGUAGAUGCUAGAUAAGGUCAUUUCAAA